GACAGCCAUCGCCCUUGAUGCUCCCUCAUUCCUCAAGCAUCUCUCUCCCGAAGACAGAAUCACCCUUGGCCCCAGAGAUCCGUCUGGUCAGUGGAACAAUUGGACGAUAACUCUCCAGAAAGCUGAUCCCAGAGUUCGUCCGAUAGUGUCACAAUGGCCUGGCCAUAUCACCUCCUUGAUCUCACCCACGAGCAAAAACAUGAGCGUCGACUUCUCCUCGACAGGUAUGGAGUCUACGCGCAACUCUCAGCUUUCAUACCUAUCCUGGCCUAUCAACUUUACAGGCUAGCAGUCUGGGUGUAUUCAGAGCGAAAGCGAUCCAAAGUCAGCUAUUCAGCGAUUCCAAGCUCCCCGACUUUGAAGCGGUCACGAGCUUCAACGUCUGGUAAUUUCGCGAGGAGUUGGAGAACGACUAUCUGGUGGUUGGAAGGUGAAUUUGCACAAGGAUGGCCAUCAAGAGGAAAACUUAUUGCUGCCGGAGUUUGGAUAUCUUGGUUGCUCUUUCUAUGCGUCCAUAACACUGGUGAAGACUAUCUACACAUCACGAAAAGAUUUGGAGUUGUAGCAGCAUCGCAGUUCCCCGUGCAUUAUAUGCUUUCUAUGAAAUCUCAAUAUUCCCCUCUUGCUUUCGUCUUCAGAUCUUCUCACGAGCAACUCAAUGCUUGGCACCGAAUCUCAGGAAGAAUUAUCCACUUCCUUUUGUUGUGCCACGCUGGUUGGUACAUCAACUAUUUCGUGCAAGCUGGGGUUGUGAAGAAACGCCUUACAGAUCCCGUGGUCAUUGUUGGCAUCAUUGGCCUCGUGCUCAUCGACAUCAUCGCAGCCACUAGUCUGGAAAGAAUGCGACGCUGGAGCUACAGGGUUUUCUUCAUCCUUCAUCUUAUGAUUGGGCUCUGGCUUCUACCCUUAAUCUUCUUCCACGCCAAACCUCUUCGAAUCUAUGUGAUUGAGGCUCUGGUUCUCUUCUUGUUCGAUCUCACCUGUCGGAAGCUGGAUACAGUCACUGGCUUUGCGACGAUCACAGCCGUACCACACACAACAUUGGUGAAGCUGAAGAUCCCUAUUCCAGCGUCCAAGAUUCGGAGGUUUCAGUCUAAGCCAGGACAGCAUGUCUAUCUCUCAAUUCCACCAGCAAGUAGACCUCUCCUCUCCUCAGCUCCGUGGAUCCACGACUUUCUAUACAACCCCUUCACCGUAGCAGAGGCCUCAGGUACCGACAUCACGCUAGUUCUGCGAGCUCUACAUGGUCCUACAACAAAAGCCUUAAGCACGUUAGCCCAACUCUCUAAGGCGAAACCUCCAAUUCAAAUUGAAGGUCCUUUAGGGUGUUCUCAACGAUUUCCAAACCUCGCCGCAGAUUAUGACAGGGUUUUGUUGGUAGCUGGUGGUAUAGGCUCUACUUUUAUCUUACCAAUUUACCUUCAUGUGCAAGAACAAUUGACCGCUGAAGGCAAGAGCUCCGAUCGUGCUAAGUUGAUAUGGUCUAUGCGGUCAGCAGCGGAAGCUAUUUGGGCCAUUGAUUCCGAGAAGCGGAACACUAUUGAGGAAGACAAGCAUGUGAAGAUUUUCUUGACAAGAAGCAACUCUGAUGAUCAGCACCACGGCGACGAGCCAAUACCUGUGGAUGGAAGUGUGGAGCUGGACGAAUUGCAGCGGAUGGAAGAACCUGUAAAGGCAACUGGUGGCCGAGAGAGACCGGACCUGAGGAAGAUUUUGGAUGGGACGUUUAGGCACGGAAAUGAAGAGAGAGUUGCUGUUUUAGUUUGCGGACCUAAGCAGAUGGCUCGAGAGCUGAGGGAGCAGGUGGGAAGAUGGGUGAAAAAGGGUCGAGAUGUUUACUUUCAUGAUGAGAGCUUCGGAUGGUAGAUCUUUUCAAUGGUAGCUCCUAAAUUUUCUGUAAGAGUGGGUGGAUACGUCAACGAUAGCUCGGACAUUGUCUGGCAAUUCGCAUUGUUGAGCAUUCAAGCACUCCUUAGCAACACUGCAGACUAGCUUGUCGGAACUUAGUAGGAAGCACAGUACAAUGAAAGAAACCUCGCUACAAGGAUACUCAAUAUAAGGAUAUCCUCGAUAUAAGGAUACAUCUG